AUGGGAAAUAAUGUCUUCGGCUGCUGUGAUGCAAAUUCAACAAACAGGAACAGCGAAAUUUCUUUAUAUGCAGCAAAAAACAAAACUAACUCAAGGAAUUCAUUUCAAAGACCUUCUGAUCUAUUUUCCUCAAUUAUUUCAAAUAUUGACAUUGAUAUGAGUAAUAUUGAUGCUAAAAAAGCCCAAUUGCAAGCACUUACUAAUGGAAAAGCUUUACAACUAAAGGUUUUAAAUUCUGAAAAUCUUACAAAAGGAUCUAUUUUGACCUUUAAGCCUACAGGAUUGGUUGGAUCUCUUAGAAAUGCUUAUGAUGGAUUUACAUUUUUUGGCUGCAAAAAAAAGCUAAAAUCUCAGAUUGUCAAUGAUUUUGUGAUUCCUUUAAAAGACAGAAAAUAGAAUGAUGACGUCGUGACAUAAUGAUGAAGCUUAAAACAGGACCUCUGCCCCUUUUGAAGUAGGUCUUCAGGUUUGGAAAUGCCUUGCCGAAGAGGGAAUUUUGCUUUUCCCCAGAAGUUUUUCCUGUCCCUGCCAGAUGGGCUAAACAGGUUUUACCUACAACAUGAUAUUUCCUCAUCAGGAUCAUCAGUGUACUCUAUAGUCGGUGGCCAUGCCUUAGGGAGCUGUCCCUUGGUCAAGUGGUUCAGGCAGGAAAUCAAAAAUAGCGGUAUUAUUGAGCCAAGAUGGGCGACUGGUAGUAGUUUUAUCCACUUAUAACCUUACUCCCCCCCCCCCUCCGUGAGCGAACAAAAAAUUUUUUGUUCGCUCACGGAGGGGGGUUAAUUUUUAUUUUUUAAAAAAAAUUAUAUAUAAAUUUUUAAUUGUAAAAUAAUAUUUUUUUAUAAGUUGAAAAUUAUUUUAAAAAUAUUAUGGGGGGAGAGUAAGGGAAUUUCCCAAAAAAAAAAGAAUACCAUUUGAUUAAAGGUAAAACACAGCUUAAUUUUUCAAUAAUUUAAUAAUCAAUAAACCUAUUAGUAAUAAAUAUAUGCAUUCAGUUAAAAUAUUUUAUAUAUUUUCUUAUUUAAUAUAAUAAGCAAAUUCUCUAUAAAUCAUAAUAAAAAUGUACAAAGGGAAAAGAAAGUACAUUGAAAUUUGGCAGAAAGUUGAAAUUGCUGAAUUUUACAUUCAACACCAAAAUGAGAUGAGCAUGAGAGAUGUUGCUGCAAAGUUUCAUGUCAACUCCUUUAGCUCGAUUUCCGAAUGGGUGAAUAAGCUUGAUGAGUUGAAGAAAUCAGUAAAAUCUGAUAAGAAAUUAAAAUUAGAAAGCUUCACUCAAUUUCCAGAGCUAGAGAAAGAACUAGUUCAUUGGUUUACUGCAAUCCGUGAGCAAGGUAUUCAGGUUCUCAGAUCAACGAUUGAGGAGAAAGCAAAAAGUUUGGCGGCAGAAAUGGGAUUGGCGCGAUUCGGCUGUGGAGAUAAAUGGUGGCAAGGAUUUAGGACCAGAAAUAAUUUAUCUUUCAGAAAAAUCAAUGCCUCAAGCAUUAAGCCAAUCGAAAAAGAGGCAGAACUUGUCAGGCAAUACCUAGAUGAUUUUAGCGUCAUUGCUUCCUCAAUUCGUUCCAUCUAACAUUUACAAUUUCGAUGAAACGAGAUUUGAUUGAGAUGUAAAAAGCAAGUUCACUUAUGAUUUCAAGGGAACUCAACGAAUUCUAGGCUUUCAAUCAGCUAAAAUGAACCAUUUUAUCACUGUUAUGCUUAUGAUUAGAGCUGAUGGAGAAAAAAAUGCCUGCUUUGCUCAUUUUUCAAGAGAAAAAUGGCCAGAUCCCGAACCUUGUAAGAGAAAGACUGAAUAUUCCAGAAAAUGUCAUCAUAAAAUCAAAUAAAUCUGGCUACAUUUCUGACCAGAUUCUUAAAUGACUACCUCAGAACAAUAUUGAGACGAGAAAACCAACUGCUGAUUUAUGAUCAGGCUGGAAGUCAUAAAACUAUCAUGAUUUCUAAUGCAAUUUCAGAUUUAGAUGCAACCAAAAUUGUGAUCCCUGGAGGGUGCACAAAGUAUUUGCAACCACUUGACGCACUGGUAAUUGCAAAUUUCAAAUCAAAAACAACAGAUUUCAGAAUCAAAUUCCAAACAGAGCAGAUUGAAAGAAGAUCGAAAAGAACUGGAAACCUCAAAGCUCUUGAUCGCCAGCAACUGAUAAACAUUGCUUCAAAGGCGUGAGAUGCUGUAAGCCCUCAACUUGUCAGAAAAUCAUUUGAGUUGACGGGUUCUUAUGGCGUUAAUCAUCCAAAGAUUUUUCAGCCAUCAAGUUAAUAUGAAGAAGUUAAUUAUCUAAUCGAUUUCUUCUAUUCAUUUUUUUUUGUCUUAAAUUUAAAAUUGUUAAAUUCAACCUUUUCACUUAUGGUAUUCUUUUUUUUAACCCUUUGAAUAAUAUAUCAAACAAACUUAAUAAUUAUUUUUCAAUAUUAUCCUCUUUAUUUGUAUUAAAUAUAGAUAUAAUAAACUAUAUAUAAAAAUAUAUGUAAAAAAAUUUUUUGUUCGCUCACGGAGGGUGGGUUUUUGACCAAAAAAAUAGGGAUUUUUCUAAUGGUUUUGUUCGCUCACGGAGGGGGGGGGGGAGUUAGCAUAAUCGUUUAAUUUAAUUUAAAAGACAGAGAAAUGGAAGACAAUAACAGAGGUAGAAAUUUUGUGAUUUUUUAUAAAAUUGAUAAAGAUUCUUACUGAAUUCGAGAUCUUGCAUAAUUAAAAUAUGGCGUCUUCGUCUGGGCAUGGCCUCCCGGCCAUGCAGCCUCGACUCAUAUUUUAAUUAUAUCCGGCAAGGUUUUGCAUCUCAGAAAGGGACAGCAAUGCUAGGUAAGCAAUUCUGGUGGAGCUCAGAGCCUAGCCCAAGUCUAUUUUCAGGGAUGUUUUUUCCUCAUGGGGAAGGAGGCACGCGAGUUGGAAAGGGGAAGCUCAGCAGAGUCCGUUAGGACCAAUCGGGAAACUCCCUAGCGUGAAACUGGGCGUUACGUCCCAGGCUUCGUGUUUUCCUUUUUGCCGAGAGCCUACCAGAAAAUCCAUUUUUUAUGGAUUUUCGGAAUGGCAACCCAUGUCCUCAAGCGAAGUAGCUCAGUCAUGAGCCGUCGAAGUCGGCAACACCUGCGACUAGGUGCACCUUGGCGAACAAGACUGGUCGACCCAGAGGCCGGUGGGCCCGAUGUGCCAUAGGCAGGCGGAAGCUCUGGGAUGGGCAACCCCGUAAGGGACAUUAAGCGUAUAAAUUUAAUUUAAUAGAAUAGAAUAGAAUUCGAGAUCUUGCAAAAGGAUUUGGGGUAUUUGUAAAGCUUGAUUAUGCACUUGUAAACUUUAUUAUAGAUAUUAAAAAACAACAUGCUGAUAAACAUUGGGGAAAGUUUUAUAGUUAUAAAUUUACUUAAGCAGAACACAGAGCAUUCAGUAAGAUUAAUUUUAAAAGUUUAUGGUGGGAACGUAGCAGGAGAAAUAAAAAGUUAUAGAGAAAUUGAUUCAAUUAUCAGGAUUGGGCGACAUAUGAGCUGCAAUUUAAAAAUUGAUGAUCCUUUAUUAUCAAAAAUUCAAUGCACAAUUUACUAUAAUCCAAUUUCUGGGUGAACACUGGGGGACGGAGAUAUAGAUACUCAAAGAUCUAGCACAAAUGGAACGUGACUGUAUUUAAAUGAAGACUUCGAGAUCUAUAAUGGCAUGGUUUUUAAGUCUCACCAAACGCUUUUUGAAGUAAAAAAAUAUUUAGGCAAUUUUGGUAUAACUUUUUAUAGUAAUUUGAUUAUAAUUAAAUGACUUCUCAGGUAUAAAUAAAUUAGGGAGCGUCUUUGCAAAGCUGCAACAAUCAGCUUGCAGUGUAUUUGGAAGAGCUAA